AUGGAACUAGCUCCUAGCUUCUUUAAUGGUUCCUGGAAGAGAUACUUGAGAAGAAAGCGAUACCAGCGACUCGACGGUGCGAUCACAGCCCGAAAGAACACGAACGUAGCAAGAUUUGGAGGCAGCCCACGAAGGACAUGGAAGAUAAAAGCAGUGCCCAAGUUACGAAUCUUAAAGAAUAUUGCUUCUCCAACUAAGCUGUUGAGGAAGCUCAAGAAUGCUUAUAUUAGCAUGAUCCUUAGCGUUGCUGGUAAUGCCGAUGGAACGCAUGUUUUUGGAGACAAAAGGGUUCCGAGAGGGAGGCAGGUUAAAGCUACUUACCCGAGUGAAGCUUUUGAGAAACGAUUGGUCUAUGAGAUUUAUAAGAAUCUGCUUGCGACUAGAGAAUUAUCUACAAUGUAG